UGCCGCACGUCGAGCCAACGCCCCCGUUUCCCUCUUAUACCUCGUUGGCAGACCCCGUCUCCCCUCUUUCUCUGCCAAUCCCCUUCCUUCUUGACUUUGCCUACCCUGGACUGUCACUCCAAAGAGGCACUCUGAUCAAUCAUUAUACAUACAGCCUCGUUGGCAGCCUCUCCUUAUAACAAGUUUAGUCGUCUUACUCUUCUUCUUCUGCGUUUACUAGAACCAUACCGCCAUUAUCGACCUCUGCAAUGGAUUUCUCUCAUGCUUAUUUCAGUGGCGCUCAGCCCUACCAAUUCAUGGGCAUUCCUCCCAUGACACCCUCCCAUUCUACUUCGGCCGCCUCAGACGAGUUUGGCCACAACAAUCAUAACCGAUCUCCACAUGAGAUAUACGAUUCUUUCUCGAACCAUGACCAGUUUCCACAGAACUUGGACCAAUAUUCUCAGUUCAGCCAUCACAACCAGACCUUCCCUGGUCCACCUGGCCCGCCGACGCCUCCUAAUAUUUCACUGCAUGGCCAAAAUCAAACGGGUACGAAUGGCUCACAUCACGCCAAAGGCAGUCAAGCCGAUAUACUACCCUUGACUAAACCGGAUCCUGACACGAACCGACAAACAGGCUCCAACUCAGAAGAAGACGAUCUUAGCCCAGCCCAAUCACGCCGUAAGGCCCAGAACCGAGCUGCCCAACGCGCGUUUCGCGAGCGUAAAGAGCGACACGUCAAGGAUCUCGAGGCGAAACUAGCUAGUCUUGAAGCGGCUCAAAGCCAGACCGCGACUGAAAAUGAGAAGUUGAGACGUGAAAUGCAGAAAAUCAGCACCGAAAACGAGGUCUUGCGGGCAACAUCAAGUGUCCAUGCGCAGCACAAUGGUUCUAUUUCACCCAUUACAGGUAUCACUACAGGGCCCAUGCAGUACAAUCCGACCGACUUCUAUUCGGAUCUGCUUCAGAAUCAUGUGAACAAAACUCCCAGUCACCGCAUUGUCGAAUCCGGCGGUGAGCGUCUAUUGGCUGCUGGGGCCACAUGGGACUACAUCAUAAGCCACGACUUGUUCAAAAAGGGCUUAGUGGAUGUUGCUGACGUGAGUGAACGCUUGAAGUGUCAGGCUAAAUGUGAUGGGCAAGGACCCGUCUUCGAGGAGCGUGCCGUGUUGAAGGCCAUCAUGGAUAGCGUUGCUAGUGGUAGUGACGAGCUAUUAUGAUCAAUUGGCGGGCAAAUUUUGACCGCCCCCUGACG